AAAAAGAGGAGGCUUUGGUGUGGGUGAGGGAAGAAAGCAGGUUGAUGGAGUGAUUCAGGUCUUGGACCAGACAGCGGGAAAAGGCUGAGAUUUGACUUCAGAAACAGCAGUCAGCGGAUUGGUCCAGACUUUUCUUCUCUCUCUCCCCUACAUUUUGCCCGUCCCUCAACAUUCUCUCCAGCAGAGAUUGGGGGAGCUUUGAGACUCUCUCUCUGUUUGUGUCUGUGACAGGAAGGAGUGUAAAUAAAGAGAAAACAAGCAGGGAGACUUUGAACACAGUUGCAGUUCUCCAGAUUGGCUAAAAACCGGCAAGCUUUGUUCUGUUGGUGUUUGGGACUUGAGAGUUUUGCCUCCACCUGUCUGCAAGAUCCAGAGAAGCAUGUCUCUGGCCGUGAAGAAGAGCCAAGUACGCCUGGUGUUUCUGGGGGCAGCCGGGGUUGGCAAGACUUCCCUCAUCCGGCGAUUCCUGCAGAACACAUUUGAGCCAAAGCAUCGCCGGACAGUAGAGGAGCUGCACAGCAAGGAGUAUGAGGUCAGUGGAAUUACCAUCAAGGUGGAGAUCUUGGACACUAGUGGUAGUUAUUCAUUCCCUGCGAUGCGCAAGCUCUCCAUCCAGAACAGUGAUGCUUUUGCCUUGGUCUAUGCUGUGGAUGACGCGGAGUCCUUUGAGCGUGUGAAGACUUUACACGAGGAGAUCCUUGAGCUGAAAGAAGAUAAGUUCCCACCGAUUGUAGUGGUGGGCAAUAAGGCUGAAACUGGCGGCGUUAGGCAAGUAUUGCCUGAAGAUGUUCUCUCCUUGGUGGAGCUUGACUGGAACAACCGUUUCCUGGAGGCAUCAGCUAAGGAGAAUGAGAAUGUGAUGGAAGUUUUCAGACAGCUGCUUCAGCAAGUCAACCUGCCCAGCCUGCUGAGCCCUGUUGUGCGGAGAAGACGCGAGACUUUCUCCAGUGAAGCCCCCCUGAGGCCCCCCAUGAACAAAGCAAAUAGUUGCACCGUCUGUUGAAUGUGAGAAUGUCAGCAUCAAGAUGAUGUUGUUUUGUUUUGUUUUGUUUUGCAAAACCUAGUCACUAUCAGUAUGGGAUGUUGUCUGUAAACAGUGUAAAUCCAAUGUGAUCUCCUCACCAAAUUAAGGCUGUAAUUUGUAAAGUGGAAGAGCCGCCUCCUAUAUGACACGGAGCUGUAGGAGUAAGCUUGGCUAGGCUAAAGGAGGGAAUAUGGGUCAGUUGGGUAAUGUCUGAAACAAUAUUGCAAGGUAUAGAGCAUGAACUGCAAAGGCGAGCAUUUGAGGAAUCUCUUAAGGAACAUUUCAUUCUGGGGGCAUCUACUGAUGGUUUGUAUUUUCAAAUGCCUGAGUAGACAUUGUUUCAAGAGGGGGAAGGUAGACAGUUUCAUAUGCUUAUUGAACAGCAGAUGUGUGUGUGUGUGUGUGUUGCUUCCUAGACUACAGUGCUUUUUUAUUUCUAACGUUUGCAUGAAUAUGUCCUUGCACUGAUUAUGUUUGCACCGAGCGAAACCAUUUCGGUGACAUCUCUGCAUCUAUACUGUGGAAAGAGAUUCAUCACCCAGUGGGUCAGUUGGCCUGGACGUGAUUUUGAUUUUCUUAAAAAUAACUUUUCAAAGCUUGUAUCCAAUAAAAGAAAAGUCAAACCCUGCCAGUAACUCUGCCAGAAGCACCACUGUAUUUGCAUUCUUCCUGUAAGAGGUGUAACUACAAGAGGAACAUGUCACCAGUUUCUGUUGCACUGAUUUGUACAUUCUGCUUUCUGCUUUUGUUCUUAUGCAUUUGUAGGUCAUGCACCUGCUGAGCUUCUGUAGGUUUCUAUGCUCUUAGGAUUUCUGGGACAGAUACAAGCCUGAGAAGUUGCCCCUUAGGAGACAUCAAUUUCAGUUCUUUCUUAGUUAUACCCUUGUGGGCAUAGACUCUGGGAAUAUCUUGUUCUCUCAGCUGGAUUUCUGCAGAAUGAGAGUGAUAAUAAUCCCUCUUAUUGAUUAGGAAGAUAUGAAAGAAAUGUUGUGUGUUAUCUCAAGACAUUACAAUUACUUGCUAGGAUAAAAGUCCCAGAAGCAUCAGGAAGGCACCGUUGUGAGUGAUGUGCUUCGGGUUUCAGUUCACUUAAACUAUGUAGAUUAAUAAGAAUUACUUCUGAGUUCUAUCAAAAGAGGAACUAGGUAAAUUUGUUCUGUGUUUGUCACAGCAGAAAAGAAAUAGUGUGUAUUUUAUGAAGAAAUGAUUUUUCAUACUGCAAAACAAAGCCAUAAAUACAGUAAACUGAGAGUAAACAAAAUUACAGUGGAUGGUGAACGUAAGAUGUUCUAGUAAUCUUCAUAAAUUAAAGCGGAGUAGUGGAUUACCCAUUGAACUAUCCCAUUUGUAUUUAUUUAAACAUUUAUGAGUCAAAGUAAUCUCCCUACUUCUGGCUGCUGCUCCCUCUGUAUUUCAAUUCCCAGU